AGGUGGCCGACAAGUAGACAAUCCCUUGAUUUUUGGACAUCACACACUCAUACUCACAAUCUCCUCCCUCCACGUGUCCUCUACCGACGGUUGAUCUCCCUUCCCCCCUCUCAUCACGGCUAGUCCGGCCCCAGUUCAAGUCCCACUCCCCUACUCAUACACUCAUACUCCUCCUUACUCCUCUCUCUAUCUCUUCUCAUCAUCCCUCCCUUAACCGUUUUCUCUCUCCUUCCAUCUCCAUGAAAAUCCAGUUAACAACCCAGAUAAUGGAUAAGAUUUUCAUAUCAUAAUUUCUCCAUUCCUGAUCUCUCUCAAAAUCCAGAUAUUAUCAACAAAAAACAAUCAUAAUCAAUUCAAAUAACUACAAAUGCAAGACGUACAACAAAUUAAUGGUGUUGUUGGUGGCAGGGUGUUGCUAAAACAUUUACAACAACAAACUCAUUUACAACAACAUCUUCAAGAACAACAACAACAACAACAGGCGUUGAAAUGUCCUCGGUGUGAUUCUAUAAACACCAAAUUCUGUUAUUAUAACAACUAUAAUCUCUCACAACCUCGCCAUUUUUGUAAGAAUUGUCGGCGGUAUUGGACUAAAGGCGGUGUUCUUCGUAACGUACCUGUCGGUGGUGGUUGCCGGAAAUCUAAACGUUCGUCGGCUAACAAACAAAAAUCAUCUUCUUCUUCUUGUUCUACUACUGUUGAUAGUAUGAAUUCUGUCAAGAGAGUUUCUCAGAAUUCUGCUAAUAAUUCUAGUAGCGAAAGUUCUAUUAACAAUAACACCACCGCGAAUAACACCGUUGUUGGUGGUGGUGUUGGUGGAUUGUUUCAGAUUCCGCAAGCGGAGAAUUUCGGAAUGAAUUCUGAUUUAGAUAAUGAUUUGUUUUCUGCUGAGAUUGGAGGAUUUAUUGGUUUAAUUUCUGAAAAUAAUAAUAAUAAAAAUAAUAUUAAUGAUGAUAUUAAGAAUAAUUCUGAGGGUUUUAGUGUUGUUGAUGAUGGAAAUGGGAGUGUGGAUGUGAAUGGAAAUGGAAGUGUUUGUGAGGCGGCAACGGCGUCGUUUAGUGAGUUUCUGCAGAAUCAGGGAGUUCAGGAGUGGGAUAUGGGGAAGAUUUGUGGGGUCCAUCAAGAAGAAAAUCAGAAGAUUGAUUUUAUUGAUUCAACGGUUAGGAUUGAGGAUUUGUUACAGAAUAGGGGAAGUAAUGUGGGGCUUGCUUCACUAGAUUGGCAUCUAACGGCUGAUAAUAAUCAAAGUUUGUUUGAUGCUCCUGAUAAUUCUACUAUUGAUCAUCAAGCUUAUUGGAAUCAAUCAACGACUGCUACUCAUCAUCAUGAUUCUCAAUGGUCUGAUUCUACUAUUAGUCAUCUUCCUCUCUUUCUUCCUUGAUAUUUACUAUUUUAUUUUAACACCCAAAAAAUAUCAAUUUUAAUCAAUCACAAUUACUAUAAAAGAAUUAUAUUUUUAUUUUAUGUAUCUAAAGUCUCUAAAUCAGAGGAAUUAUAGUAUAAGAAAUUUGUGCAAGGAUGUAAAUUUUUUUUAAUUGGGCGUCCUGAUUGAUGGGUGUUUUGUUUGUAAUAUGUUACUACUUCCUACUAUGUAUUUCUUGAGUGUGCUAUAUUAUUUUGCUAAAACUAACUUACCUUAUCC